AUGGAGUGGUUUGAAUCUACGAAACACAGGGUCAGGCUCUGGGUAGCCGAGAAGUUUCCUACUCUUCAUGAACAAGCACAAGUAGAAGUAAACGAGUCAAAUUCGCGCAAAGUCUUUUUCCUGCACCAACUCCCCCCUGGCGAGGAGCAACCUUCAGUCCGAAUCGACAAUACGAUUUCUUCAAACAAAUACACCAUCAUAACAUUUCUUCCUCAUAAUUUAUUCGAACAGUUUCAUCGAGUUGCGAAUUUCUAUUUUCUAUUUAUUUUCAUCAUGGAAGUCGUGAUGGAUUCGCCUGUUUCGCCGUAUACCUCUGGUCUUCCGCUUUCCUUCGUCGUCUGUAUCACUGCAAUUAAGCAAGCUUAUGAAGAUUACCUUCGUUACCGCGAAGACAAGAAGGAAAACAACAAGCUGAUUUACGUAGUCCGCAGCGGCGUUCUCGUCCAAGACCGUUGCAUGAACAUACGCCCGGGCGAUAUUGUGCGCGUGAGUGAAGGCGAAACAGUCCCAGCGGAUUUGGUCUUGAUUUCUUCCAGCGAUCCGACUUAUCAUGCUUAUUAUAGCACAGCCGCGCUGGAUGGCGAGUCGAAUCUAAAAGAAGCCUCGGCGCUGAAAAAGACACAGUUUUUCAAUACUCCGGCUGAAAUUACGCAGAUCCGAUGCUAUUGCGAAGUUCAAGCGCCGAAUCCCGAGCUGUAUCGUUUCGCAGGACGAGCUGUUUUCAACUAUGGAGUCGGAGGCGAAAACGAAGAGAUCUUUCCCUAA